CCGUAACGGGAUGGAGUCGUGGCUGAAGAUAUCGUGCCUGCUAUGCAUAUUCGGGUUUCUCCGGGAACUUCGACCCUCGGAGCCAUACCACGCGGAAAUCCUGAUGGGCGAGUGGUAUCACGUCACCCAGGACGAGGUCAACCGAUCCGUUUACCCGGUGGGCACAUACUCCUACCUGGCGCUCCUAAUCUUCGUCUUCCUCAUUACGGACCUGCUCAGAUACAAGCCCGUGAUCAUCGCCAAUGCCACUACAGGCAUCUGCAUCUGGGGCACACUGAUUUGGACGACCACUUUGAGCGGCCUGCAGGCGGUGGAGGUUUUCUAUGGCUUCUACCAGGCGGGCGAGGUGGCCUACUACUCGUACAUCUACGCCAAGGUGGACAAACAGUACUAUCCCAGGGUGACCUCGCACACCAGGGCAGCCAUGUUCGUGGGCAAGCUAGUUGCGGGAAUCCUGGCUCAGAUGGUCAUUGGAAUGAGGUGGAUGAACUACAAGCAACUGUUUUACAUCACCGUCACCUCUCAAGUUGCUGCGCUGCUCUGGGCAUUCUUUUUGCCAAAGGUGGAGAAGAGUUUGUACUUUCACAAUCGAAGCGAGGCCAUAGAAGGUGGAACCAAAUCGGAUGGUGGUAACCUGGAGAAGGGUUCAGAGCAACCCAGUAACGAGGAAGCGAGCCAAGAAAAGAAGAUACCAGCGUUGCAGCUCCUUUGGUCCCACUUCCGUAGUGCCUACACUAAUCCCUUGGUGAUACAAUGGAGCUUGUGGUAUGCCAUCAGUUUGGCUGGAUUUCUGCAAAUCACCACCUAUAUGCAGGUGGUAUGGAAGUCCUUCGAGAACGAACCAACAAUAGCCUGGAAUGGAGCUGUGGACGUGGCCCUGACGCUUCUAAGCGCUGUGUUCGCCCUUCUCGCCGGUUAUUUCCAUGCUGGACGUCUGAACACCAGGAGCAGCCUGCUCUCGAUGGCUCUGCUGUCGGUCCUGGAAGGAGGUUGUGUUUUGCUUUCCUGCUGGACCGAUGAUAUAUAUCUGUCCUAUCUUGGCUAUGUGCUGUAUGGAGGCCUGUUUGCCUUCACCAUAACAGUGGCCAGCUCGGAGUUGGCCAGCAGCUUGGAGGAGGAUAGCUUCGCUCUGGUGUUUGGUUUCAACACGUUCGUGGGACUCCUCCUGCAGUGCAUCCUCACAUUUGUCGUCGUCUCGGAAAAGGCCAAUCUGAAUUUGAAUGUUUUUCAACAGUUUUCCGUCUACGCAUUCUAUUUUAUAGUUAUUGGAAUAGUCUAUUCUAUUGCUGUUAUAUUGCAAUAUAUAUGGUCAAUUUCGAAGAAACCAAAAGCAAUUCAGGAGGCGAAUUAACAACAUACUCUAAUGAUG